CGUUUAUGUGGAGAUUAGCCACAUAAAUAUGGUGCUCUAUGUAUAUUUAACUGCUUGGCUACUUAAGGUAUAAAUAUGGCCACUGUUUAUGUGAAACCCUACUUUCUGUCAUGGUGGUUGGGCUUCAGUAGGAUGUUAUUAUAUAAUCAAGUCCUAUUGGUUGUUUCCUUCGGCGUGGAUCCCUCUCAAGACAAAUGUUGUACCCGCCCCUGGAUCCUAAUUAUAGAGGUCACUCAAAAGGCUCUAAAUUUUUGACAUUAAAAUGUCAUUUUCGCUACUCCGUAACUGACAAAAAGCUAACCUUAACCUUUUAAACUAGUGUCGGUAAAUAUUAAUCAAAUGUAGUUUUCACAGUUUGUGUUUCAAUAUAGUUUUUUUUGUGGCAAAUGUGAUUUAAAUUAUAAACGAUGAGUGAUCCGUUCUUAACUGAUUUUGAAAAGCUGCAAAUAUCAGCUUUCACCAAAUACAGCAAAAUCUGCAAUGAUGUGAAAGAAGUUACGAUUGGACCAAAUGCUUCUAGACAUGAUAUAAAAGACGAAGAAUUCGAAUCCCCGAAGAAAAGCGUCCGUAAAAACACGCAAACUGAUAUUGUAAGCCCUAAAAGCGUAGAAUUGAAGAGUACUUACAAUGUAUUGAAAAGUAGGAAUAUACAAAAUGAACUACAACGCCACAAAAAACUCAGGGCUGCUAUUCAAGCUAGAGUGUCCAAGGUAGAAGAAUCUGCGAGGAAGCAGACGGAAGCUAACAGAAAUGAGUGGCUGAAGGAGCAAGAAAAAUUCAUAAAGGAUCUAGAGGAAAAGGAGGGUAGCAUACUUCAGGCAAAGCAAGAACAGGAGAGAAAGGCUCUUGAAGAACAAGCUAAGCAAGAAGAAUUGCAGCAAAUAGUGGCAGAGCGCAGGCGACAACAGCAAGAGGAACUUUUGGCUAAACAAAAGGAGACAAAGCUUGUGCACUCAUACAUUGAGAAGAUUCAAAAGUAUCAACAAGAAUUUGGGCAGUUGUACCAACAGAUUGUUCCUUUAGUACCAGCUUUAAGAGGUCGAAUCAACCAAGAGGAUAUCAAGCAAUAUUUUAGUUCACUCAAUAGUCAAAGGGAGCAUCUUGAAGAGAUCACAAACAAAUGUAAAAUUGGACAAGUGACUGAAGGUGAUGUAAAGAAAUGCUCUGAAAUUAUCGCACAAACCACAAACCUUCGCACAACAAUCAAAGAUGUUGUUGGAAGUAUCACUCAAAAGAAGCAAGAUCAUGUUACACCUGCUACGACUACAGCAGCCAGACCUACAGCUCCUCCUCCAACAGAAGCAAGACCUGCUAUUCAAAAACCAACACCUGUGUUUCCACAACCAAAACCUGCCAUUUCAAAACCAACACCUGUUUUUCCUCAAGCAGUACCUUCUGUUUCUCAGCCAACAUCUACUGCUUCACAACCAACAUCAACUGUUUCACAGUCAACACCUGCAUUUGAUCUCUCAAAACUUACAGCUGGUCUUUCGUCACACCCAACAUCUACUGUUUCACAGUCUGCUCUUCCCCAACCAAAACUUGCUGUUUCACAACCACCAGCUUUUCCUCAACUAAAACCUGGAGUUUCACAGGUAACCUCUACUGUUUCCCAACCAACACCUCUUCAAAAACCAAUACCUACUUUUUCACAACCAUCUGCUCUAUCACAGCCAGCAUCAACUGUCUCGCAACCUACUCCUGUUGUUUCACAAUCAAGACAUCUAUUUCCGCAACCGACACCUCUUCAAAAAUCAACACUUGCUUUUCCACAACCUACACCUGCUGUUUCACAGCAAACACCUGCAGCAUCACAACCCACAUCAACUUCUUCACAAUCAGCUUUUGAUCUUUCACAACUAACAUUUGAUAUUUCACAACCAACACCCGCCGCUUCGCAAACCCCUACUGUUUCACAAGCAACGCCUGCGCUUUCACAGCCAAAACCGACUCUUGCACAACCAAAAUUUGGCCUUUCACAACCAAAACUUGCUCUUUCCCAACCUACACCUGCAGUUUCACAAUCAACAUUUUCUUUUGCACAGCCACCAUCUACUGUUUCACAACCAACACCUACCUUUUCACAAGCAAAACCUGCCUUUUCACAACCAAUACCUCCUUCUUCUCAACCAAAACCUGUACCCACGACCUCAGCUGCCCCAAGUCAGCCUCAAGUUGAAGCAGUAAAACCGACUCAUAAGCUAGAUAAGUACGUCAGUCUAUCAACUUUGAAGAUGUAUGCAGAGAUCAUGGAGUUUUAUGAGAAACAAACUGCUUCCUUCAAAGAAUUGGAAGCAGAUCCUGCUUUGAAACAGUUUAGGUUUGAUUGCAAGAAAGCAGUGAACAUUCCAGUAAAUUCACUGUCAGGUAUUAACGCAGAACACAUUCUGGAUAAAUACAAUAAAUUAUACAGACUAUUGAGCGGACAAGAUGUGAUGGUCAGUGACAAAAAUGUUAAUGCUUCACGACAUCCACAGGGUAUUGCAUUUUGCAUGAACCUACUAGCAAAGAAAUUUGUCCUACAAGGCGAUUUGAUGGUUGCCGGGAACCCAGAGUCUGCCUUCUACUAUGCGACUGUGAUCCUAUCCUUAUGGAAUGAUUUUCCAAAUUUUGGAAAAUUGAUCCUGGCACAUUUCUACAAAAUUUGCCCGUAUCUCGUGCCAUAUUACAUCCCUAGAGAGCAAGGAGAGACUGACGAGGAAUAUUAUGUGAAACAGGGGUACCAAUAUAGUGAUGGACAAAUCGAGAAGCAGGACAAAUAUCUUAGAAGAAUGACUGGGCUGAUGAGACUAUAUGCAACACUUCUAAUCUCAAAGCCAAAACGUGGUCAAGCAAAAUCACCAUAUAGCCUGAAAGAAGGUUGGAGGUACAUAGCCUGCCUUCUAAAUCUUGAACCCCAAAUGGAUAUUACAGCAACAAUGAUGCACACUUUCCUUGAGACUGUAGGCUUUCGAAUGGAGGAUGUUUAUGGGAAAAUAUUCCAGAAACUGAUUAGACAAGUAACAGUUGAAAAGUUCCUACCCAAUCUAAAGGAUGCAAAAUGUACAGGUGGCGCUGUCACUCGCCUGGAGCUGCUCUUAACAGAGUAUACAGACAAAGGGCGAUUCGAGGAACCUGCUGGAUAUGAAGAUCAAUGUUCUUGGUAGUGUUUUAUUGAUUGUGUACAGCAAAUUAUUUUAUACUGUCUUUUUUCUUAUUGUGAAAUAAAUAUUUACGAACAUUAA